ACCGGAAGUUUAAAGUGACGUCAUCAUGUGCUAAAUGUAGCCGUCCUCUCCAAAACACGUGAAGCUCGAAGGAGACGAGAAGUCAUGUCCAAAGCUAAACAGAAACGGGCCAAACGUCUCGGCUUUCUUGGAAAAUUUAAAACUAAAGAUGGACAAAAGGCUAAUACCUCAGGAAGGACAUAUAAUACAGAGCUAACAGCUGUUCAACACGCCAAGAACUCCAGAAAACCAGAGGAUGUCAGGAAGCAAAGGCUUCAAGCCCACCAGGAGAAGCAGAAACUGUCCAGAGACCGUGAGAUGAUGAAGAGGAGAAACCUGGAAGUUUUUCAGAAUGACAUCUUGCAGCGCCAGAGAGAAUUUGAGCUGAAGGAAACAGAGAUGCAGAGUUUGGAGAAACACGUUAACUUUGAGAAUGAGAAUUCAAGAAAGGCAUAUUACAGGGAAUUUAAAAAGGUGGUGGAGGCCUCAGAUGUCAUUCUGGAGGUGUUGGAUGCACGAGAUCCUCUGGGCUGCAGAUGUCCUCAGGUUGAACAGGCGGUCAUCCAGAGUGGAACCAACAAGAAGAUAGUUUUAGUCCUUAAUAAGAUUGAUUUGGUAUCAAAGCAAAUUGUUGAAAAGUGGAUUAAGUAUCUUCGAAAUGAGUUUCCCACUGUGGCAUUCAAAGCAUCGACUCAACAUCAAAAUAAAAACUUGAAACGCAGUAAUGUUCCAGUGUCACAGGCCACCACAGAGCUGCUCAGCAGCAGUGCAUGUGUUGGAGCAGACUGCUUGAUGAAAUUACUGGGCAACUAUUGUCGCAACAUGGACAUAAAGGUGGCCAUCACUGUAGGUGUUGUAGGUUUUCCUAAUGUUGGGAAGAGUAGUUUGAUCAACAGUCUGAAACGAGCACGAGCGUGCAGUGUUGGAGCCACUCCUGGUGUUACUAAAUGUCUACAAGAAGUACAUUUAGACAAACACAUAAAACUCCUGGAUUGUCCUGGUAUUGUCAUGGCAACGUCAACAACCGAUGCAGCGAUGAUUCUUCGUAACUGUGUGAAAAUCGAACAGCUUGUGGAUCCUCUUCCACCCGUUGAAGCCAUCCUCCGACGCUGCAACAAAGCACAGAUCUUGGAGCACUACGGUGUGCCAGACUUUCAGACAGCGCAGGAGUUCCUGGCUCUUCUUGCCCGACGGCAAGGCAAACUGAGGAAGGCAGGUCUGCCUGACACCGACAAAGCUGCUAAGAGUGUGCUGAUGGACUGGACUGGAGGAAGGAUCAGCUACUUCACACAUCCUCCAGAAACCCACACUCUGCCCACACAUGUCAGUGCGGAGAUAGUUUCAGAGAUGGGCAAAGCCUUUGACUGGGAUGAGCUGGAAAAAGGAAAUCAGGAAGUUCUUGCAGAGUCCUCUUGUCUGGAUGUCCCAAUGGGAUUCUGCAUGGAAACUACUGGAAUGACACAGGGUAGUCAAGUUGAGCCAAGUAAUGAGCUAGAGGUGGAAAGAGGCUCAGUGGAAGGCUCAACGUUUAAAGAUGAAUAUGAAUCUAUGGAGGAUGAUCGUGAUUCAGAGUUUGGACCAAUGACAGUGGAGAUCAAAGCACAGAAGAAGACUGAUUUACCUGUAAAGGAUGCUGCACCUAAAGCUCCAGAUUUGAAGGGUAUUUUAAGUGUAGAUCCUCUGCAGCAGGGUCAGGCGCUCCUGGCUGCCAGCAAGAAAAGGAAAAAGCUCCAGAAAAGAGCAGACAAAAUUGCCACCAAACUUUCAGACACACUGACAUCUGCAAUGGACUUCUAGUUUUCAAAAGACUAAUUAAAAUUGUAUUUAAAUAAAAAAAACUUUAAACAUUUUUU